AUGACUCUGCCGCACAGCCAAGGAAGUGGGGGGGAGCCCCAGGCCCCCCAAACAGUGGAGGUCCACAGGAUGGAGCACUACCAGGAGGAGGAGCAGAAGGAGGAGCGGCAGCAUCACCUGCACAUGGGCUCCUCUGUGCGGAGGCGGACCUACCGCAGCAGUGAGGAAGAGCAGCAGUUCAGCGCUGCAGACUACGCCCUGGCAGCGGCCCUGGCUCUCACGGCCACCGAGACAUCGCGGGAGGCCCGGCUGAGGCGCCGGAGCUCUGCCGUGGAGCUGGAGGAGCGAGGGCAGAAGCGGGUGGGCUUCGGCAACGACUGGGAGAGGACAGAGAAGGCCUUCCUGCGGACCCAGCGGCUGCUGCGCCAGCGCCGAGACCGGAAGAGCCUGCAACAGCGGAUGGAAGCAAAGGUCCGGGAGGCCAAGGAGCUGAGGGAGCUGUGCUCGGGCCGCGGGCCCUGGUUCUGGAUGCCCCUGCGCUCCCACGCCGUCUGGGAAGGCGCCACGGUCCUGCUGACCUGCACCAUCCAGGCCUCGCCUCCACCCCAGGUCACCUGGUACAAAAAUGAUGUUCGACUUGAUCCUCGCCUCUUCCCUGCUGGAAAAAUUCGAAUCAACAACAACUAUGGACUGCUGACCCUGGAGAUCAGGAGGUGCACAGCGGAUGAUGCAGCCACCUACUCGGUGACAGCGAAGAAUGCCUAUGGCCAGGCCUCCUCCUUCGCCAAGGUCCUUGUGCGGACGUACCUGGGCAAGGAUGCUGGCUUCGACUCGGAGAUCUUUAAACGACUGAUGCUGGGCCCCGAGGUGGAGUUCACAUCAGUGCUGGCACCCGUAUUUGCUCGAGAGAAAGAGCCCUUCGCCCUGAGCUGCUUCUUUUCAGAAGACAUCAUAGACGCCGAGCACAGCAUCCAGUGGUUCCAAGAUGGGAAGCUGCUCAGGCCAUCAGAACGACAGCAGAUGGUCUAUGCGAACCGCCAAUCUUCCCUGAAGGUGUCCUGUGCCCACAAGGAGGAUGAGGGUCUCUACACCGUGCGGGUGCCCUCAGCCUCCGGGCCCCGUGAGCAGAGUGCCUACGUGUUUGUAAGAGAUGCUGUCGCAGAGAAAGCAGGAGCUCCGGGGUCCCCGCUGAGCGUCCGUUGCCUGGACGUGAACAGAGACUGCCUCGUCCUGAGCUGGACCCCACCCAGCGACACUCGGGGCAGCAUCAUCACAGGCUACGCCAUUGAGCGGUGCCAGGGAGAGUCUGGGCAGUGGGUGCCCUGCCAUGAGGCCCCUGGGGAGACCUGUCGGUGCCCAAUCCAAGGACUUGUUGAAGGUCAGAGCUAUCGGUUCCGGGUGAGAACCAUCAGCAAAAUCGGCCGCAGCGUCCCCUCCAAGGCCUCAGACCCAGUGGUCAUGGGUGAGCAGGUGGAAGCCCAGAGGAAGACAGAGAUCUCCUUUGAUCUGGGGAACAAGAUCACGGUCAGUACAGACGACUUUGAAGACUUUGUGGUCAUCCCUUCGCCCCCAACCAACGUCCACGCCGUGGAGACCCACGAAGCCUAUGUGGUCCUGGGCUGGGAGGAACCGAGCCCCAGGGGCAAGUCCCCUCUGACAUACUCGGUGGAGAAGUCUGUCAUCGGCAGUGGCACCUGGGAGGCCAUCAGCUCAGAGAUGCCAGUGAGGUCUCCGAGGUUCGCCCUGUUGGAUCUGGAGAAAGGGAAGUCGUAUGUCUUCAGAGUGCGCGCCAUGAACCAGUACGGCAUGAGCGAUCCCUCAGAGCCCAGCGAGCCCGUGGCCUUGAAGGGAAAGCAAGCUCCUCUCCCUCCUCCCGCCCAAGUCCAAGCGCUCCGAGACACGCAGACCUCCGUGUCCCUGAAUUGGGCUCCUGUGGAAGGACCCGGGCUCCUGGGCUAUUACAUCUACUCCCGGGAGGUGGGAGCGUCUGAGUGGGAAACCGUCAACAACAAGCCCAUCCAGGACAGCAAAUUCACCAUCCCCGGGCUGAAGACGGGGAAGGAGUACGAGUUUUGUAUCAGGUCAGUGAGCGAGGCUGGAGUCGGGGAGCCCUCGACCCCCACGGAGCCCAUCAGGGUGAAGCAGGCUCUAGCCACUCCCUCUGCCCCGUACGAUUUCACCCUCCUCAAUUGUGGGAAGAAUGAGAUGGUCAUUGGCUGGAAAGCCCCUAAGCGCUGUGGAGGGGGCAAGAUCCUGGGCUACUUCCUGGAUCAGCAUGACUCAGAGGAGUUGGACUGGCACCCGGUCAACCAGCAGCUUGCCCCACCCCGGGUCUGCAAGGUCAGCCGCCUCCUGGAGGGCCACUUCUAUGAGUUUCGCGCCCGGGCUGUCAACUGGGCAGGAGUUGGGGAGCUGUCGGCGCCCAGCAGCCUGUUUGAGUGUAAAGAGUGGACCAUGCCCCAGCCAGGGCCCCCAUACGACGUCCGGGUGUCCGAGGUGCGGGCCACCUCCCUCAUGCUGCAGUGGGAGCCGCCGCACUACACCGGGGCCGGGCCUGUCACCGGCUACCGCAUCAGUGUCCAGGAGGAAGGCUCUGAGCAGUGGAAGCCAAUCCCCCCAGACCCCGUCUCCAGCACCCACCUGAGGAUCGCUGACCUGCAGACAGGGAAGACUUACAUGUUCCAGGUACAGGCAGUGAACUCAGCUGGGCCCGGGAGACCAUCACUGCCCUCCGACCCGGUGCUCCUGGAGGACAAGCCAGGGGCCCGGGAGAUCGAGGUUGGGGUGGAUGAAGACGGCUUUAUCUACUUGGCUUUUGAAGCCCCCGAAGCCCCCGACUCCUCUGAGUUUCAGUGGUCCAAGGACUACAAGGGCCCACCGGACCCCAAGAGGGUCCAAAUCCAAGAGGGUGCAAACAAGUCGAAGGUCAUCCUGAAGGAGCCUGACCUCCAAGAUUUGGGCACCUACUCAGUCGUAGUCACUAACGCCGAUGAAGAUAUCUCUGCAAGUCACACGCUGACGGAGGAAGAGCUGAACAAGCUGAAGAAGCUGAGCCACGAGAUCCGAAAUCCAGUGGUCAAGCUCAUCUCCGGCUGGAACGUGGACGUCCUUGAGCAAGGAGAGGUGCGGCUUUGGCUGGAGGUAGAAAAACUAUCUCCAGCGGCUGAGCUGCAUCUGAUUUUCAAUGAGAAAGAGAUCUUCAGUUCACCGAACCGCAAAAUCAAUUUUGUCCGGGAGAAGGGCCUGGUGGAAGUGAUCAUCCAGAACUUGUCUGAGGAGGACAAAGGCUCCUACACCGCUCAGCUCCAAGACGGAAAGGCCAAAAACCAGAUCACGCUGACUCUGGUGGAUGACGAUUUUGACAAACUUCUGAGAAAGGCAGAUGCCAAGAGGAGAGACUGGAAGAGAAAACAGGGUCCUUAUUUCGAGGAGUUCCUGCAGUGGAAGGUCACGGAGGACUGCCAAGUGCUGCUGACGUGCAAGGUGACCAACACCAAGAAGGAGACCCGUUUCCAGUGGUUCUUUAACAAGAAAGAGCUGCCAGAUGGUCAGUACGACCCCCAGACCGGAGCGGGGCUUCUCUGCAUCGAAGAGAUGUCCGCAGAGCACAAGGGGACCUACAGAGCGGUUGUUUCGGAUGAACGAGGGGAGGACAACACCAUUCUGGACCUCACGGGCGAAGCCCUGGACGCUGUCUUCACUGAGCUGGGCAGGAUUGGUGCCCUCUCUGCGACCCCGCUGGCCAUCCAGGGCACAGAGGAGGGCGUGCGGCUCGUCACCAAGGUCAAGUACUUCAACGUGGAGUACAUGAAAACCUCCUGGUUCCACAAAGAGAAGCGCCUGGAGAGUGGGGACCGGGUGAGGGCUGGCACCACCCUGAAUGAGAUCUGGCUCCACAUCCUGGACCCCAAAGAUGCAGACAAGGGCAAAUACACCCUGGAGAUCGCAGCCGGCAAGGAGGUGCAGCAGCUCUCAGCGGACCUCUCAGGGCAAGCUUUCGAUGAUGCAGUGGCCGAACACCAGAGACUGAAGGCCGCCGCCAUCAUUGAGAAGAAUCGUGCCAGAGUGGUGAGGGGUCUGCCUGAUGUAGCCACGAUCAUGGAGGAUAAGACCCUGUGCCUAACCUGCGUCAUCUCAGGAGACCCCGCCCCUGAGAUCGCUUGGUUGAAGAAUGACCAGCCUGUCCACUUCCUGGACCGCUACCGCAUGGAGGUGAAGGGGUCAGAGGUCACCAUCACCAUCGAGAAGGUCAACUCUGAGGACAGCGGGCGCUAUGGCAUCUUUGUGAAGAACAAGUAUGGUUCGGAGACAGGCCAGGUCACCAUCGGCGUGUUCAAGCAUGGGGAGGAGCCCCAGGCACUAAAGAAGAUGUGA